CGAAAGGCGUUUCCAUGUCUUGCGAUGUUUUACAGAAACGGUGUCGUUUUGGAUAUCUCUUCGCAAUUAUCUUCGUCUCAUUUGACCGGAAAAACUCUGAUCAAUCGAGCAAUCGUGGUUUCGCAUCUCUGAAACGUCAAAUAUCACUUCACGCCAUUAAUUUUGGAGCCUGGAGAUGAUUCAUUGCCUCCUAUCCAGUACAAGACUCCUGCAAGAUUCUUCCUAGGUACUGAACGUGACAAAUGGAGUUAGCGGAUCGAGCAGUGGGGCUUCUGCUUUCAUCAAUCAGCUUAUCCAUAUUCACCUACUAUACUUUCUGGGUCAUCAUCCUCCCAUUUGUAGAUAGUGAUCACUUCAUCCACAAGUACUUCUUGCCCCAAGACUAUGCCAUUCUCGUACCUGUCUUUGCUGGCGUUACUCUCCUCUCUCUUCUUUCCGUGUUCAUCGGCAUGGUCAUCCUCAAAUCCAAAAAGAAGAAGGCUUGAUUUUUUUCGACAUUACCUCAAAUAAUAGUUCAGUUCGUGGUUCCUUAACGUUGUUGUUACUUUGUGUUGGACCUAGUUUGUCUGUUAGAGAGGUUUACGCAUAUACCUUAAAUGGUGUCAUGUGAUUGAAUGGUAAAAUAUAAUACUUACUACUCAUCCUAAUUCUUUUUUUACUUUCCAAAGCUGGUAAAUAUCGUUGUAUUAAUUUAUGAUGUAUACCUC